UCUAGCUAAGCCUAAGCCAUUAUUGCAAGCUAAGAUCUCUAUAUAUUAAAAUGGCAAAGGCUGCAGCUGCUUCUUCACUUACCCUUUUCCUCGCCCUAAACCUUCUCUUCUUCACGGUGGUUAGCUCCACCAAUGUGCCCUGCCCUCCACCACCACCAAAACAUCAGCCACCGUCCCCCUCAUCAUCAUCUCAGGCCGGCAAGUGCCCUAAAGAUGCACUCAAACUAGGCGUGUGUGCUAACCUUUUGACUGACUUGCUCAACCUUGUCGUCGGAAGCCCCGCCACCACCCCUUGCUGCUCUCUCAUUGCCGGUCUUGUCGACCUCGAAGCCGCCGUCUGCCUCUGCACCGCCAUUAAAGCCAACAUCCUCGGAAUCAACCUCGACAUUCCCAUCUCCCUCAGCUUGCUGCUCAAUAACUGCGGCAAGAAUGUCCCUAGUGGAUACCAAUGCCAAUAAGCCAUCUUCAAGAUAGAAAACACCUAUAAUCAUAUACGUGUUGUUAGCUUUCAGAUUCCUAGCUCUCAUGGCUUGGUUUUCUGGAGAUAUUACUAUAAUAACAGGGUGUUGUUGUUGCUUGCUACUACUGUAUUAAGUUUAUGCUCCUCUCAUUGAUUUGGCAAGUGGCUAGCUUAUCGAUGAGAUAAAAGAAUUUUAUUUAAUUUGCAAUAAAAUAAUAUUUUAUGAAUGUUUACUAGUUA